AUGGCGGCGCCACAGUCGUUUCCUCUGCCCGCCCGUAUUCUUUCCCGUCUUUUUUUUUCCGCUUCCAGAACGACCAAUGGGCUCAGGCUGUUUGGGGUGCGGAAGGAAGGCAACAGCCAAUAGGAAGGAGCGAGCGUUGAAGGGAGGAAGGUUGGUUGAAGGGAGGCGGCGGGGUCGUGCUUGAGGCGGCGCGGGCGUGAAAUUUCUGGAAGGCGCUCGCCUCUCCUCUGGGGAGGCCUUCGCGUGUCUUCGCAUUCUGACAAGACGGACGAGGCAGGGGAAGACGCCGGCGGCAGCAUGAACCACAAGAGCAAAAAGCGCAUCCGGGAAGCCAAGCGGAGCGCCCGUCCGGAGCUCAAGGACUCUUUGGACUGGACCCGGCAUAACUACUGCGAGAGCUUCCCGCUUAGCCCGGCAGUCUGCAAGGACAAUGCGGAAAGAGCAGACACCCUUCACUUGUCAGUGGAAGAAUUCAUUGAGCGAUACGAAAAGCCUUACAGGCCCGUUGUCCUGUUGAACGCUCAGGUUGGAUGGCCGGCUCUUGAGAAAUGGACUCUAGAGCGCCUGAAGCGCAAGUACCGAAACCAGAAAUUCAAGUGUGGGGAAGACAAUGAUGGUUAUUCUGUGAAGAUGAAGAUGAAAUAUUACAUUGAGUAUAUGGAGACUACACGGGAUGACAGUCCCCUUUAUAUAUUUGACAGCAGCUAUGGGGAACAUCCUAAGCGCAGGAAACUCUUGGAGGACUACAGGGUGCCCAAGUUCUUCACAGAUGACCUGUUUAAAUACGCAGGAGAGAAGAGGAGGCCACCAUACAGAUGGUUUGUGAUGGGGCCACCUCGAUCAGGAACAGGCAUUCACAUCGACCCUCUGGGAACCAGUGCCUGGAAUGCCUUAGUCCAAGGGCACAAGCGCUGGUGCCUCUUUCCUACUAGCACUCCAAGAGAGCUGAUUAAAGUGACCCGUGAAGAAGGAGGCAACCAGCAAGAUGAAGCCAUCACAUGGUUCAGAGUAAUAUAUCCCAGAACCCAGCUUCCCACUUGGCCUCCUGAGUUCAAACCGUUGGAAAUUGUGCAAAAACCAGGAGAAACUGUCUUUGUACCAGGUGGCUGGUGGCAUGUAGUUCUCAAUCUUGACACAACCAUUGCUGUCACACAGAACUUUGCCAGCUGUACAAACUUUCCUGUGGUGUGGCACAAGACAGUGAGGGGAAGGCCAAAAUUAUCAAGGAAAUGGUACAGGGUCUUAAAGCAAGAACAUCCUGGACUGGCUGCUUUGGCCGAUUCUGUUGACUUACAAGAAUCAACGGGCAUUGCUUCUGAUAGUUCCAGUGACUCCUCCAGCUCGUCCAGCUCUAGCUCCUCAGAUUCCGAUUCAGAAGGUGAUUCUAGCUCAGAGACUGAAGGAAUGAUGCAUCGUAGAAAAAAGCGGAGGACUUGCAGCAUGAUGGGAAACGGUGAUACAACCUCCCAUGAUGACUGUGUCAGCAAAGAACGCAGCUGCUCCAGGAUUAGGGAGUCUUGUGGAAGCCGAGCUCAUCCCUGAAAAAUAACAACACCCCAUCUAAUGCAGUCAAAGCUUGCCAGCUGUCUCCUGUUCCUCCCAUCUGCCGUGUAUCUGGAGCUUUCUUGAGUCUUCACCACUUCUUCUUUUUUCCUAAUCCAAACUUCUACCUGCUGCCUAAGUCUGCCUCCUUGCUAAUUAAAGGAGAGAACUCCAGAGAUCCUCUGUGUGCUCUUUCUGCACCCCAUCAAACAAAUAUGAUCUCUGAAGAUAAUGCUGCCCUCUGCAAGGCUAUGCUGUGGCUCACAACUCUGUGCAGUUGCAAAAUGGAGAAUAUUUAUUAGCCAACGUUGUCUUAAAAAUGAGCAGGUAGAUCCUGAAAGCCUGUGUCCUGCUCCAGCAUUGUCUUAUGUUUACACUUUGAUUUUUCGUGCACUACAACUGAAGUACAGACCUGCAACCCUUCCCAUAUGUAAUGAGCCAUCUAGUACUUUGGUAGAGCACAAGAGGAAGUGAAAGAGACUGCUUGGUUCUGUUCACCUGAAGUGACUCUUCUGUUUUGUAAAUGAUCAGUUGUGAGAAGCACCUUUUUUGAGGUUUUUACCAGAGACGACACCAAACCAAGGAUGAACUAAUGAGACAUGUAAAAAAGAAUCUCCUUAACCAGCUGCCUCACCAUGAUUACAUGUGCUUUCUGUUUUAUUAUAAAAUAAAAUGGCUGGUAUUUUGCAGUCAGUUUGGGAGCUUGUCCCAGAAAAAAGCUGGAAUGGGAGAAGUGAUAGCUGCUAAUUUACCUCUCCCUGUGGGAGUUCCUGGAAAAUUAUAUGAAGAUGGAAAGCUUUUAUUAAGAAAGAGUGGGUGGGCUUAGUAAAUAUAAAUCCCAAUUUAUGAAAUACCACAACUCUGGAGCCUGGAACUGACCUACUGAAUCUUCUGCUAUUAGUGGGGCAGUUAAUAGAGGAGUGUAUGUGUGUUUUGUCUUGGGAUAGGAAGUAGCUGUAUGUAUCUUGAGACAGUUGAAUGCCAGGAUAUGCUGGUGCUUCAAGGGCAUUCUUUGUCACUGGAGUUUGGUAUUAUGUCCUCAGAUGGUCCUUGUAUCUCCACAUUUGACAGUAAUUCUCCCCUAACUCCGAAGGUAUGCCAACAACAUGUUUAAAAAGUAUGGUUAACCUAUUGAAUAAUUAUCUAAACGAUUGUAUCUUGAGAAUAUGAUGGAGGAGGUGUGGUGUUCAGUUCUCCUUUGUUUCUCACAUUAUCCAAAACCAAGGGCAAAUCUAUGACUAACAACUUUCACCAUCUUAAGUGGGUCUGACCUCCCCCACAGACAUGCAACAUAUCAGCCAGUUUGGGACCAGUCACAGACUGACGUUUGGUUGGGUGAGAAAUAUAUUUAGAUCAUGGCACACAAUAUUCUUCCAUGUUUCUAGAAUGUGCCAAAAUGUUCCCGUUUUGUUAGCAUAGGGAUCCAAAUACCACUUGCCAUCUUUAACUCCAUGCAAAUGUAACAUUGGUAAAUGCUGACAUUAUGUGUUAGAAGGCUCCUUAUAGUGCCCACAAAGCAUAUGUAUUUCAAAACCAGUUUGUAAAAAGAAGAUAAUUUUUGGAAAUUAAGUAAUACUUCCAUUAGUUUAAGUUGCAUAUUUUUGGAUUGUACAACAGGAUUCAGCAGUGGGGCCACAGGGAAGGAAGCACAAGAGGGCAUGAAUUGCUACAGUUCCCUGACUAAAACACAACACUGUUUAUACCAAGUCAAAAUGUUGGUCCAGUUAGUCGACUUCAGGCGAUUCCAGCUGGAAACAGCUCUCCAGGGUAUUAGGCAGAGAACUUUCCCUAGUCCUGCUUGCUGAUACCUUUUUAGCUGAUGCUGGGCGUUAAACCUGGGACGUUCUGUGAGAAAAAAAAUACUUUACUCUGAGCUAUGCCCUCAUUUUACUACUGGAAGUUCUCUGAUUUUUAAAUCAUUUAUCAAAAACUGCUAUAUGUGCAGUUAAAAUAUUUUUAGCAGCAAGGGUUAAAAAAUUGAACUUACUGGGUUUGGUUUCUGUGUUUUAUACAAAGGCUUGGAUCCCAAGAUUCUGUUUUGGACACCCUGCUGGGUCCUUUUUGCACUAGAUUUGUGGGGAAAUACAUUCAUUAGAAUUUCUGAUUAAAAAGGUAACUGAAAAUGGGAUGCAGAUGAGUCAUUUCAAGGCACAUGUAUUUGUAUUGACCUUGUGUUGUAAAUGUUUAUCAGUUGUCAAAUUAAUCUGGGUGGAGAUGAGGAUUAACCUUCUGGCCGAGUCCGAAGGCCCGUGGUAUUUGUAGGAUGUUCUGUAUCUUCGGUAAAAAUUUGGUAAAAAGCAAAUUUAAUCAGCUUUUUCUUACAGUUUGUAUUGAAAACUUCAAGAAUGUUUGGCAUUUCAGAGUGAAACCAAUCAUGGCUUUCCUUUUAGCAAUAGUAACCACAAGCAACUUCAAGCUGUAAGUGCUCAGUUGCAAAUCAGUGUCCUUUUAAACUACUAUCUUCAGCAACAUUGGUGAGAUCUGAACUUGUUCAUUUUUGGAAACUGUUGCCUCUAAUAUGCUGCUGUAACAAGUAAUAUUUUAUAUUCCAGUUUCCCAUAAUGAUGGGCUCUCCCUGUUUUUUUGUUCAUGUUUUUUUAAAGAAGGUUGUGUGUUAUUUAUAUUGCAAAUUAUCUUGCUCAAAACAACCAGUGCCCUUUUUGCAAUGUGUUCCUAGUGUUGACAGUUUAAUCAUUUACCAGAUGCCAAUUCUGGUGCCAAGUAUUUUUCUUCUCUGUUUACCCAAAGCUAGCCAACUGUCAUCAAGCUGGCCAAAAGUACAUUGGUUUUCUUUAGGACCAGAUCUUUCCCACAUAUCGAUUGUGUUAGUCAUUCUAAUAAAGAAGGUGGAUGCUUGUUACUAAAAUGGGUUAGAAGAGAGGCUGAUGUUACUAGUGAGGAAAAAAGCAGGUUCCUGAGUUUCACACUGGGCAGACAGUAUAGGCAGAGAGUAAAGAUUCUGGGGCAGUCCCUGGUUUGUCCAGCAGUCCAAGCAAGCAUAAUUAACUUGGUGCCUCUUUGCCCUUUAUGAUACUAAGUAAUUAUCUUUCUCUCAGGACUGGUGAUUUUAAUGUCACUUGUAAGGCAUUUUGCAGUAAAAUUAGUGGAUUUUUGUACACAUUUACUAGCAUUGUUAAACUAUGAUGGAUGACAUUCAAGAUGGCAUCCUGUUUUUUACUCUAUAAGCCUACUUAAUAUUGAAGGCCAGCUUAGCCACAGCAACAGGAGAUGUGUGAACAGAGUCCUCCCAUUUUUAAGAAGCUGUAAAUAGGGCUCAGAUAGAAAGUGGGGAGAACAUUCGGGUUUUUUUCUCAUAUGUCAUUUUUGCUAUCUCAGUUGACCUCCCAGUGCUGUUAUUUGCCUUGCAGUUACCAUGGAGACACUAAUGUGUGUCUGGUCUGACUAAUAACAACUGCUGGGGGGUGGGGGGGGGGCUAAGAUGAUCAAAAUGGUACAUGAAGUGGUUAUUCCAAAUGCCAUAUUUGUCCAGAUUGACAGGGGAGGCACAGGUGCUGUGGAUAGUUUGUUUGUAGAUCUCCAUCACAUCUAGUUUGUCCUUGAGAGUUGCUGUGAACAGCCAGGUUUGGUAGGAAGCACUAAAGUUCUGCAAACUGCGGUACAUCUGGAGUUACAUAGAUUCAUAAUGUAUGUUAUCAAGUUAAAGGCUAAGGCAUAAGCUUGGAUCCACUGGUAAUUUUAGCAGAAAAAAGACAUUUCUGGUCCAAAAUUUCCUCUUCUUCCCCUCAUCCCUUGUGCCCUUGGCAGCCAAAAAUGCCCCCAGAAAUGCUGUUUUUGUAGAAGCAGGGAUCCCUGGGGACAGGGUAAGCAGGAGAUAGAGAUCUGCAGCAGAAGUCAGUAACCAGUCAUAUAUACCCCACUGCUGCCACCCUUUCCAUCUGCAAAAAUCCUCCAUUGGAUCCAAGCCACAGGGUACUGUAGCAUUCACCAGAAUGGUAAUUUCUGUUGACAGUGGCUCGCUUUCUCACGUAUGGAUUUUCAGCGAAUGCAUGUUGGCGUAACUCUUCUCGCAGACUUAAGUCAAACUUGAUGACCCUGUUUUCAGAUCCACUUUAAAGCAACAACUGCUUAUUUGGAGAAAUGUACUAAAAACUUUUCUUUCUUAAAUUCCUAAUGACCAUGUCAUUAUGUUGAUAAGAACUUUUACCUUUUCAAGUCCUUGGAGCUGUAUUCUUCCCUUUGUGAGGGAAGAAGUCUCUCUGAACUCUGUUUUUAACAUUAAACUGCCAGCUCCCCUAACUAUCCAUACAGUAGAGCCAGGAUUGCUCUGAAUUGUUCUGUUUAGAUAAUCAUUAUGUUCCUUUUUAUUUAAAAUAAAAUAUGUUAUUUUCCAUUA